UCAUUUGCACGCGGAUACAUUCCCACCCAGAAGCUUCAUAUCAAACUAGAAGUAUUGAAGCAUUUAUUGUCAAAACUUAUUAAAAUGUAAUGGUGUGGUCCAUUUACAUAUGAAAAUGAUUUGCUCAGACGACACUGAACCUUUUCGGUUUUAAAAAUAAUGUUGAGGUCAAUUGAGACACGGUGUUCUCAUAAAAAUAAAGAAUGUAUUACCUCCGAUAAUUAAGUUCGACUAAACAAAUGGCUGCUUUUCGAUAAAAAAAAAAUUUCAUUUGCACUGCAGCUAACCAUACUUUGUUGACUUUGUCACAGAAAGGUUUAGAAAUAUUUUUUGCUUAAUAAAGAUCAGUAUAUUUAGGUACGAUGUUUAAAGACGUUAUAAUUGAAAAUAAGAUAGAUGACAUGUUUCAAAUUGUGAUAAGUGGGGAUGAAAAAUACCUCAGUUUUACAUUUUUCGACAGUCCUUCAAAAAGUUGGACGCUGUGUGUAACAAAUGGCAUAGAUGUAUGGAGAUUAGUAAUGGAUGAAGAAGAUUUUAACACUCAUAGAGAGUUGGCUAAUAUUAGCACAGAAGAAGCCUUUUGUUUAAAAAUUAGAAAUAGUUUUGUAUCAGGAGACCUGUCCAUAGCAAUAAUGGGAACCAGAUUAAAACUGUCAGUUGGUAAAGGAGAUACUACUAUCAACUUUGAUCUUUUUGAAGCCAAGGCAGUAGAUAAGAAAACAGACUUAAAGACAGUUUUGUUUCAAUUAGCAGAAACGUCUAUAAAGAUGGAAACAAAAUUAAAAAUAGCAAACCAAACAAUUGAUAAACUUCAAUCAGAAUCAUCAAAAAAAGGACCAUCAGGAUUUUUAGAUUCAGGCACUGGAUCUAAGCGAGGUGCAAAUGCUUCAAAAGUUAAACCUAAAAAGGUUGGAAUGAGUGUUGUGAAUCCUAAUAGUAAAAAAAGAAAAGUGGCAACUGGGGUUGUAUUUGAAUAGAUUGUUUAAUAAAUAUUUAAAAUAACAAAAAAUCUUCAUGAAUGAUGCUGUUGUCAGUCACUGAUCAAGCUCACUUUACACAAAACCACCAAUUUCAGUUCAACAGAAAAAAAAUUCUGACCAUUAAAUUUGAUAUUAAUAUAUAUCAUUUAUUGUUUAUCAUACAAAUAUUUACAUGUACAUGUAUUCCCAAUUUUACCUACAAUAAUAUAUUUAUCUACAUAAUUCAUAUUUUAAUUCCAUUCAUCCUAAAUAUGUGUUAAGACUUUUACAAUAGUACCGUACAUUGGGUUACAUGUUCAAAUUAAUAAAAGCAUUUAUUAUUAGUCCCCUACCAUAAGCAGUGGACAGAUUAGUCGAAUCAAUUGGCGCCAAAUUUUAUUCAGCCGAACGAGAGGAUACACUAGGCCAAUCACUCGCUGAUUCACCAGACGAUUGCUUCACCUUUCACGGCACAUGAUUAAACAUGGCAGCGACCAUGUCUUCAAUCAUUCCUGUGACUUCUCGAUAUGAUUGGAUUCAUGUUUGUUUACAUUAAUGCAAGAAUUAUGGGAUUUAUUGCGGGAAGGGGUGCAACUCUUACUUGACUUGGCCAAAGAUACUGGAUAAUCAACCACAUAAUAAAAACAAACUCCCAGUUUCGCAUAAGCAAUGCAACUUUUCGUCCCAGACCCUCUGUACAUUGAAGACUAGAAGGUUCUAGGUGACCGAGACUACGCUUAGGCAGUGGAGGCAGACAUUUUGAGAUCAUGUGACAAUAUAGGCUGGACAAGGGCACACUAGCGAAUUUGAUUGCGGGCGAAAAAAUAAUUUGGUAAAUAUAUCUAACCUGCUAGAUACGAGCGGUUGAUCGGGCAAAAGGUUCGCCCAGCAGAAUCGUCGCUGUGAAAGGGCACAUGGGUGAUUUUUUCAAGUGAUUUUAAAAAUCGGCGCAAUCGGGCGCAAAAAUUCGCUCGUCUGCCCCCCUACUUUUGGGGUAUUUGAUUUAAAUUUAGUAAAUGUACAUUGUUUUACAUAGAUGAUGAGUUUCAGGCCGAUUCAUUGAAAAUUCAGUUUUACAGAAUUUAUUCCAUUUAUCUUAAUCACAUUUGGAUUACAUAUUCACAGUAUCAGCCAGUUAUAGAUGCAUACAUUGUCAAAUAUGAUGGGGCCGAUAUGGAACAUGUAUAGUUUCGGCCAUGCUCUUAGAGUGCUCAUUUUAACCAUGGCUUUGGUCUUUGUUUGAAAUUGCAUACAUAAGUUCUGAAAUUCUGUUCAUAUACAUGUAUAGUAACUGAAGGCAGUAAAAAACACUGACAAACUACCGUACUUAUAAGGAUGAGUGAUAAGCUAACAAUGAUGUUAUUAUCUGAUAAAUGAUGUCUUACUAACUCUUACUUAUAUUGUAAAAUUACACAAAGUCACCCAUUUUAGAAGAAUUGAUAGGCUAAAGCAUUUUGAAAGAAAAAUCUUAUGUUUAUUUACAAUUUAAUUUCUCGACUUAAGUAAAACUUUCAUUAAUAAAUAUUAGAAACCUGCACUGCAUCCUUAUCUUGUACCAAUAUUACAUGUUCACUGUCAAGUCAUAACAUUCUAUCACAGAAUAUUUAUCAUCUAUAAAUAAAGUUCAUAUUAAA